CGAGUGAACGCAAUAUUUUUAUUUUAUAACGUAAAUGUUGAAGUUGAAAUUAAUGACUAGUUCGUAGAGCUAUCGAAUAUAGGUAUCAAACAUGGCGCUCGCGUGGAAAUCAUCAAAGAAACACAGCGAUCGUGAAAGGUGGAUUUGCAUUUAUCCAGUUUACAUAAACAGUAAAAGAACGUUAGCGGGAGGGCGUAAACUUGCGAAAGAUAAAUGUGUGGAAAACCCUACACAUCAAGAGAUCCGUGACGUUUUGGUGGCAGCUGGUUUCAAUGUUGGUGUGGAGAAUAAGCUUCAUCCAAGGGAACGUAGCAAAGAACUGUUAUAUCGCGGACGUAUUCGUGUACAAUUAAAGAACGACGAUGGUACUCCCGUGAAAUCCGAAUUCCCUACUAGAGAUUCUGUUUUGGUUUACUUAGGCACCACUAUUCCCAAAUUAAAAACUCGCCAGGGAAAACAAUCGAUGGGUGAGCAAUCCUCCCAGUCUUCAAGUUCCUCAUCAAAGAAGGGAAAGGGAAAAGGAAGGAGGUAAUAAAAUGAAAUGAGAAUGCAA